UGCCCGUUCGUUGCAGUUGCAGUAUGGGCAAGAAGAACAAGGCGCGAAACCGUUCGCACGAUUCUGAGAGCGCUCAGGACGACACAAGCGAUGCCUUCAUCUCCGGCAUCCAGCACGCCCAUCCGUAUCCGCAUGCUGCAGGUGCCAGCGUUGGCUCUGGCUCUGGCUCUGGCUCUGGCUCUGGAGCUGCAUCGAGCCCAGACAGCUUGACUGACUGUCCUCAUGGUGCCAAGGCGCUGCGCAUGUCGUCCGUCCGCCCGGCCAUCAAGAACCUCUCAAAGCAAUCGGACUUUGGCCAGUGCGAAUCGUGUCCGACUCCUGCAGCCAAACGCGCUGGUGGUGGCGCAAAGUCAUCGACGCCAGGCAGCGUUGCGCAACCGCAACCGCAAGCGCCAGCCACUGCGACUGCGCCUGCUGCUGUGCAGCCCAGCCUGCAGCCACCAAGUACGCCAGAAACUGCGUCUGACAACGAGCAGAUCCAAGGGCAGCCGAGUUCUGGUUUGGCCGGGUCAGAAACACCUCAGCCAGCCACCGCGAGCGCUGCCAAUGCGAGUGAAUCGCUCAUUGAUCCGUCAAGUGCAACCAUCACCGUCCCUAGCGUGGUGGAUGGGCACGCUGUGCAACAGCAAACAUCAUGCGAGCAACCAAAGCCGAUCGCCAACACGCCAGACACGGCGCUCGAUGUCAGCAAUGCGCACAUUUUCAUGUGCUUGACUUGUGGCGUGCGUGGGUGCUCGCGCUCAGAUCCUGGGCAGCACGCUCUCGUACAUUCGCAGGCAAAGGCAUCGCAUGUGCUUGCCAUUAGUUUGCAAGAGCACACUGUUUGGUGCUACGCCUGUGAUGACUAUGUCAAGUUGGUGCAGGGACAAGAGCUUCUUGGGGAGAUCCGCGAUUUGCUCGAGCACCAAUGGGAUAAAGCUUGCCGAAAAACUUCGACAUUUGCACCUGGUGCCUCUCCAGCGACAGCCUCUCCCUCAUCAGGAACCAAGGCGGCUGCCAUUGUAGAGACGACGUCAUCUGCUGGUGCCCCAAGCAAAGUCGGCAAGAGCAAACACAAUCAGCCAGGAAAAGCGGUGUUGGUCGCGACCAACCUUGCCGCCGCUCCAGCGAAAGAAUUGCAUCCGCUGCAUGCCCAACCCUCCACAGCCGCCUCUGCAAGUCUUUACUCGGUGGCUGCGAUUCCGGUGAGGGGGCUGCACAACCUCGGCAAUACGUGCUUUUUCAACUCGGUUUGCCAGGCGCUUGCACAGACCAUGCCCCUGGCCCAAAUGACCCUGCUAUCUGAUGCGCUGGACUAUUCACGACCCACUCGAGCUGCGCUGCUUUCAACCGUUGCCGCCAUUCGCACCGGGAGCUCCUCGUCCCCGUUCACGCCGUCCGAGCUGCUCAACCGUGCUGGCGCCGCCAAUCGGCGUUUUCGAGGCCGGGCUCAGCAGGAUGCGCAAGAGCUGUUACGAUGCUUGCUCGACGCGGCUCUCGAAGAAGACCGCGCUCAUUUGAAGCAGAAGAAUAGUGGCAGUCGACAGCCAACUCCCACCCCGUCCGAAAGCGCCAGCACAGCCGACCCUGCGUUGAGCAAGAGCGGCGAAGAGGAGAAAGCGGACGAAUCUGAGCAAGCUCGGCAGCAGCCCACUGCCCGAGUCAAGACAUGGGUUGACGACAUUUUCGGAGGCACACUGGAGAGCCGAGUCACCUGCGUCGCGUGCGGCUACGUGUCCACCACCCACGAGCCAUUUUUAGACUUGUCGAUCGAGAUUCCCCCGCUCUUUGAAGACGGUAGCUCAAAGCGAAAAGCGCAGAGCGCUGCGGCGGCGGCUCACGCUCUGCGGCCCAGCAGUGCCUCCACGCGUGCCAUGGACGAACUGGCCAGCCAGACCACGAGCAAACACCAGCAGAAAAAGGCUGCUGAGGCCAAACGUCAGCUUCUCAAAAAGGAGCGUCGCCUAGCCAGUAAACGCGGAGACUCGUCACAUUCAAACUCCGAAUCCACUGAGCCGAAAGCUGAGAGCGAGUCGGCCGAGACUUCCGAUGAGCUGCAAGUACCAGCAGUUCCUCCUACCUCUCAGGGAGGAACGCAGGAAGGGGAUCAAGACGCAGUUUCGGAAGCAGCUGUAUCGCAUGAAGGAGACAGCAAUCCCGUUUCGGAAACUGCUUCGAUGGCGAUAGUAGAAGACACCGAGACCCGCCCUUCCAUUCCUGAAGAUGUAACACCGAGCGAGGUCCGAGCACCAGCGCCGCAUGUUGCGCACAACUUUAAGCCGGGUUCCCUGGAAGCUUGCCUGUCCGCCUUCUUUGUCAAAGAGCGCUUGGAAGGAAACAAUCGCUACGGCUGCAAGAAUUGCUACUCGCUUCGAAUGAAGCGAUCUGGAUCCGCCGAGGUCGCUACCCCAUCCGCAGACAGCAAUACCGAACCGGACGCAAACGACGAAAACGCUUCCGACCCCACACACGCUGUCCGGGCGAAUCUAGCAGCCCUGCACAUCUCCACGAAAAAGCCAGACGCUGCUGAUUUGCCUCUGGCUGGCAAGUAUGCCGUCCUGCGCGCUCAGCCCAAAAAGGCCAAGGAUCCAGAGGUCGAUCGACAGGAUGCGGACAAGCAAUUCUUGCUGCACACUGCCCCGAACUGCCUGGUCGUUCAUCUCAAGCGGUUUUGCCAGACUCGCCACGGCGCAGAGAAGAAUACUCGAUCUGUGCCCUUCCCACUGGUCCUCGAUAUGACCCCAUUUACAACAAUGGCGAAUGACAGUGUCGAGUCCUCGUCCUCCUCUUCCUCCGCUUCCUCCUCUGUGAUUUAUGACCUUUACGCGAUUGUCGUUCACAUGGGCGGGAUGGGCGGUGGGCACUACAUUGCCAAUGUGAAAUCGCGACGAGAAGGCGGCCUUGACUCGUGGUUUAGCGUCAGCGACUCGCACGUGUCGACGAUGGAAGUGCCUUCGGUGCUGUCGUCACAGGCCUUUAUGCUGUUCUACGAGCGUCGAACGGCCGAUCCAACCCCAGUGCACUAAAGUCAAAUACAAGUCUUUUUGGUGACAACAACAAUGAUGAAUCUUUUGCCGUAUGAAUUUGGAAA